AUGGCGUCUACUACCCUCCUCACCAGCCUUCUGAAAUCUUCUCAAGUUGCUAGAAACACCCCAAAUCCCAUACUACUAUUGGCUUCCUACAUGAGACGUUUUCAUGCUAGUUCAACAUGGGCAAGCCAAGUGAAAGACAUCAAAGAAAGUACCAGCUCUGCUGCAGACCAUGUGACUAAAAAGACUAAAGAAGCUGCAGGUGAAUUUUCUGAGAAGGCCCAAGAUACUGCAGAUAAAGCAAAGAGGACAACAGAACAAGUAUGGGAUUCAACCAAGGAUGCAGCCCAAAAAGCCAAAGAGACAGUUAUGAACAGAACUGAGGUGUCUAAGGAAUAUGUCAAAGAAAAUGCAGAGAAAGUGAAGAAGAGCAUGAACACUAAGGAAUGA